UUUUUUUUUUUAUAAUGUAGAGUUUGUGUCUAUAUAUGAUACGAAACAAACAAUAUGACCGGUACACAAUGGUGCUGUUAACAACGAAUUACAUUGAAAAAGAAUGUGUUCGGACACAAUCUUUGAAAUCUUUAACCAAAAGAGUUGCAAAAAAUAAUUUGCGUAAAAUUACUCAUCUUCAUAUGAAUGGGAAAUUUGUUGACGCUAUCGGAAAUCUUUCAGGAUGUAGAAACCUGAGAGUCAUAUAUUUGCAAAAUAACUCUAUUUCAAAAAUUGAAAAUCUUCAAUUCACCGUAAAUUUAACCCACUUAUAUCUUCAACACAACAAUAUAAAGAAAAUUGAAAAUUUAGAUAAUUUACGGAAUUUAAAAAUUUUAUUUAUCGGCUACAACAAUAUUUCUGUUGUAGAAGAAAUGGAAAAUUUAGAAAAUUUAUUUGAACUUCGUAUCGAAAGUCAACGACUUUCCAGUGGGGAAUCAAUAAUUUUUGAUCCAAGAAGUCUCUAUACCCUAUCAACUUAUCAGUUGAGAAUCUUGAAUAUAUCUGGAAAUAAUUUGACCUUUUUGAAACCUCUCAGCUGCUUGUGUAAUUUAGAAAUUUUGAUUGCAAGAAAUAAUCUUGUUGAUGAUAUGCUAGACUUGAUUGAAACAAUGAAAGCAUUGAAGUCACUUACAGAACUACACUUGCAAGACAAUCCUGUUACACAUCAAUUCAGAUAUCGAGAGAACGUUAUUGCUAACAGCAGCUCACUAAAUACUUUAGAUGGGAAAACGAUACCUCGAGUUACCCGAAAUUUUCUGACAAAAUUUCAGAAUGAGAAACAAUUGCGAUUGGCCCAACGGAAAAUACAUAAAAUGAGUUUGAGCAACGACAUUACAACUUCUCUGAACUUACCACCGGCAUUUGAACGAUCUAUAUCACGAGCCAUACUUCAACCUGGCCCAAAAUUAUCAAUUAGUGCAACAUCGGCUAUGGAAGUUAAGCCGCAAAUCUAUCCACCAUGGACAUCAACCUCCUCAAUCGCUGGAAGAAAAGAUAAUCAUUUUACUCCAAGACCUUUUUGGAAGGCUGUUAAUCCUCGACAAAAACAUGAACAUAAUCAUCUAAAAUCUGCGUACAUAAAUUCAGUAGUUAUGACGUCAUGUUUAAAUAAAAAGUUAUAGUAAAUAUGUAAUGCUAAUAAUAAAUAAGUCACAUUGAAUUGUGAAGGUUAAAAAAAUAUAAUAAAAAAAUACACACAUGAGAUUAAAUAUAUACAAAUGGAAAGAACAAUUUAAACAAAGUUUGUCGAGCAAAAGUACUCGUUGCUUUAAUCAUCGUCUUUUUUUUUUUUUUUUUUUUUUUCAUAUAUGUAUAUAUAUACUGCAUUAUAAAUUCACAUUUUUAUUAUAAUUGUAGUAGAGAACGCAGCUGAACAGGAUGUAUAACAAUUCAAUUAUAUAAUAUAAUAUAUAUUUCAAAUCAAAUUGAUGUACUUUAUUAUUUCAUUUUCAAUAUAUAUUUAUAUAUAUCUCUUAACAACUCUAUAAUUAACGUGUGUUUCUGUUAUGGAUUUUCAAUUUUUUUGUAUCUUUCAGCGUUAAUUUUUUAAUUUUACAAUCAAGACAAUAUAAUUAUUGUUAUUAUUAUUAUUUAUAUUUUAUUUGUUCUUCAUAUAUUAAGCGCUGCUAAAAUUAAAAAACAAAAAAAAAGUAAUUUAAAUGUAUAAUAAAAAAAUAUAAUACACAAUGUUAGUUAUUUGAAUACAUAAGCGUGGAAUGUUACAAACAACAAUAAUAAAGCAGGGUGAGAUAACAUUAUGUGCCAUUUUCGUACUUUGGAAUUGAGAGAUAUUCACUUAUAUUUAUAUAAAUAUAAAAUAAAAACAAUAUUGAAAUGUUAUUUGUGACAAAAAUGAAAAUAAUCUUACUAAAUAUAAAUAUAUUAUUAUUAAAAUCAAAAAAUUUUUUAAAAUUAUAAUGUGAAAGCCACACUAAUAAAUAAUAAAAAUAUACUCAAUAAAUGUGGGAUAUUUAUGUCAUCACUUAUUACAACCUUUAAUUUUUAAUCAAUAUGUAAAAAUAUAAAACUAACUAAUCACUUUUUAUUGGCAUCAGAAUAAGUUAAAAAAGUAUAUCUAGAGAAAAUUAGUUAAAAAAUCGAAGAGCGCAGAUAUGGUAAGACUUUAUUUUUAAAUAAAUUUAAUUCCACUGUUACUGAGUAUAAAAUUAUCAUUGAUAUCAAAGUAAUUUUUACUUUUUUUUUUCAAUAUAUUAAAGGGUAUUUAAGUAAAAAGUUCAUACGCUGCAGACAUACAUUUUUUGAGUAUACAAGCUACGCUAGAUUUAGACAUAUACGCUGACCAAUGCAUCUUAUAGCUCUUGGUUUUACAAUUAAUUAUGAUAAUAAUAAUAACAAUAAUAAUAAUAAUUAUUAUUAUUAUCAUUAUCGAAAAAAUUCAGUACUUGAGUCUACAGGAUUUAUGAGCAAACCUUCGACAUUGGUCUGCUUAAGUGUAGUAGGAGAACGUGAUGACGUUUUAUUGUAAUUAUAUACUGCUUACAGGAUUUGUUUAAAUAUAUAUUUUAAAUUGUAUAUUCAAAAUAAAAAUACUCAAUUGUUACAAAUCAUACUAUACAAAUAUAGUUGUAGGAUUAAAUUUUAUCAUCACUUUUUAUUAUUUAAACGUAUUUUUCAUAAUAUUGUUAAAAAAAUACGUUGCCCAUAAUAAUAAUAACAUUAUUAUGUUUAUAAAAGUUUAACUAAUAUUAUUAUAUAAUAUAUCUUUAUUAAGUAAUUGAAAAAUAAUAAUUACCCAGAUCUAUUGUAAUUUAAAUAAACAUUUUUUUUAAAAGAAAA